GGGAGCGUGCAGAUCAACCCACAAGAAAACCUGAGUUGGUAGAAGUUCAUGGCGCAAGGUUUCUACUUUUCUAAACUACUUUGUCCUUUCGGUAUAGCGGAGCACCAACAUUGCAUGCUGCGUAGGGGGGCCCAAGUAAACUCGGUGCCGAACCGAACCGAUUGUCCCGUGAAAGGCUAAGCCCAGCAAUUGGCAGCGGACUCGGUAUUGCCGGUAAAAUCAACAACAGCCGAAAUAAAUAGCAGAGACCUGCCAGGCGAUACUACGGCACGCCAAAAAUCCAAACGGGGCUUGAUUCAUUUGUGAAGAUAUUAAUUAAAGCAUAUUGCCAUGUUUACCGGCUUGGUUGAGAAGAUCGGCUCGGUCACGUCGCUAGAAGCUCAGGAUGAGACAGCUAGGGGAGGCGGGGGGACGUCUCUGACCAUUUCCAAUUGCGAGGAAAUACUUACGGACUGCCAUCUGGGCGACAGCAUAUGCGUCAACGGAACAUGCCUCACCGUAACCGCCUUCGACAAAUCUUCCUUUAAGGUCGGCGUCGCUCCUGAAACCUUGCGCCGCACGAAUCUGGGCUCUCUCACAAAGGGCUCUGGCGUCAAUCUUGAACGUUCUGUCACUGCCUCAACACGCAUGGGCGGCCACUUCGUCCAAGGCCAUGUCGACACCAUCGCAAAAAUUCUAUCUGUCACUCCAGAUGGCAAUGCGCUGACCUUCCGCCUUCAGCCACGGGACAAGAGCGUGUUGAGAUAUAUUGUUGAGAAGGGAUAUGUUACAUUGGACGGCGCAAGUUUAACGGUGACCAAAGUGGUGGAUGGUGAAGAGGGAUGGUUUGAGAUUAUGUUGAUUGCUUAUACCCAAGAGAAGAUUGUGACAGCUAAGAAGCAGCCGGGGGAGGAUGUUAAUGUUGAAAUUGAUAUCGUUGGUAAGUACGUUGAGAAGAGCGUUCAAUGCUACUUUGAAGGACAGGGAGGUGGGAGCAACUCUGCUAUAUUGGAGAAGAUGGUAGGGAGGCUGGUGGAAGAAAAGCUACGGGCUUCAACAUCUUAGGAUGGUAUGAUCUUGACCAUACUAUGAAAAGUUAUAUCCACUCGUGUACUUGCGUAAAUCUGUCGCAUCAGGUAACAUUGAAAUUUCACCAUACCCAGCAUUGAACAAAUUUGAACAGUGCCUGAAUUGAAGUGCAAGACCAGAAGGGAAAAUGGAUCGAGUUAAUACUAAGAUAUGUCAAUCAAUCAAGAUCAUGAAAAUUAAUCAGAGCAACAUUAUUUUGUCUAUUUCGGGUAAAAAGCCCGCAACUUUAUUGAAGACCUCCCUUGGAACUCCUAAUAUU